AUGGCAAGCGCCCGAGUGUUCCGUGUCGCCGUCACCGGCAUUCGCACAAGAGCAACUGUGCUGCCAACAGCAAGCCCCUCCUGGUCUCGAAGCUCGUUGCCACAACGACUCGCACCUCGUAACCAUCGAGGAUUCGCGUCAUCGACUGGUGCUUUUUCAGCUGUCUCUUCAACAACCUCGAUAUCUGCCGGUAAUGCAGCUGCAUCAACAGCAACAAUAGCAACAGCAGACGCCACCAGCACAUCAACCCAAGCUGUCGCCGACUUGAGCAUCGUGCAAGGCGGAUUCGAAUUCCUCCAGCCAUGGGUGCCCACCAUCAACAGUCUUGCUGAUACGAUGCAUCUUAGCGGUCCCUACGCGCACGCACUAUCCAUAUUCAUCCUCGCCUUUGCUGUCCGAACCGCAAUCACGCUACCCAUGACGCUAUGGCAGCGUGGCAAGACUCGCAAGUUGACCGAAAAGGUGUUACCCGAAUGGGAGAUCAUGAAGCAGCGCAUUCCGCUAGCCGUACGAGCAAGGUGUAGGAGGGCUGGCAUGUCGUACGAAGCUUUCGAAGCCGAGGCACAAAAGGAGCUCAAGGCGGAACUCGCCAAGUUGCUCCGCAAGCACAAUGCAUCACCUCUGCCGGCUUUCCUCGGUCCGGCCGUGGUCACCAUUCCGGUGUUCCUGCUCAUGACUGCGCUGCUUCGACAGUGCGCCCUGGAUCCAACUUCACCAUUGAGCUCAGAAGUGCUACCGUGGUGGUCGCCCUCGCCCGAGCUCGCGCAGCAGUUCAAGGCGAGUACAGCGAUCCUAGCCGACCGCGGCUUCGACGAAGCGGCCAUUGCAAAGCUGAGAGGCACCAUGGGCGGACCCACUCUUGUCGACAGAGAUUCCACCAUGAUUGGUCCGCUGAGCUUCGGAAUGUUGACGCUCGCCAACACCGAGUUGAACAGCUGGAGCAGGAGAAGCAUCGCCAAGAUCAGAGUAAUUACAUCAGGCGGUGGCUCGGACGCAGCUGCAAGAACGGCGGACAAGUUGUUGAACCACAAAUCUGGAGGAGCGCGAUCACAGGUCAAGCCGGAAGACGAUGAACCGCCGAGAGCUAGGAUCAUGACGAAUGCUUUGCGAAUCAUGGCCAUCGCUUUCAUCCCCAUUGCUUGCCAGGCGCCGAGUAUACUGGUCAUCUACUGGCUCUCGUCAGGUAUUUACACUUUGCUUCAGAACUCGAUCCUCGCCGUACUAGACCGUCAAUCCGAAGUCAUCAAGGCGGCGCGCAAGCAGCAACUUCUGCGACAGCCACAAUAA